CUUUCUCAACGAUGACAUCUCGUUUGUUUUUAUUUGGCCUUCUCGUCGUGAGUUGUUCGCUUGCCAUGGCUUCAGAUCCGAGCCCUCUGCAGGACUUUUGUGUUGCUGAACCAAAAAGCCGUGUAUUCGUGAAUGGCGAGGUAUGCAAAGAUCCAAAGCGUGUGCGAGCAAAUGAUUUCUUUUUUAGUGGGCUCCACCGUAUGGGAGAUACAUCRAACGCGGUUGGRUCUAACGUGACUSUCGUGACUGUAGCAGAGUUACCAGGACUCAACACUUUUGGUAUUUCWAUGGCUCGUAUUGACUUUGCUCCAUGGGGUAUUAACCCUCCACACACGCACCCUCGAGCCACUGAAAUCUUGACUGUUCUAGAAGGCAAUAUUGAAGUCGGGUUUGUCACAUCUAACACUGAAAACCGUCUCAUCACUAAAAAACUUCGAAAGGGUGAUGUUUUCGUUUUCCCACAAGGUCUAGUUCAUUUCCAAAGGAAUGCCGGAAAUGAUAAUGCUCUUGUUAUUGCAGCUCUGAGUAGCCAAAAUCCAGGUGCAAUUACCAUUGCGAAUGCAGUGUUCGGUUCUGACCCAGAUAUCGAUGAAGAUAUUCUUGCAAAGGCUUUCCAAGUGGACAAGAAGGUCGUUCGCCAAAUUCAAUCAAAAUUCUAGACCUUGACGCGUUCUUUAAAUGUCAGCUUUAUUAAACUUAUAACAUUUAAUUUCGUGAUAUUUGUAYGUUUGUC